UAGGUUUAAAGAAUAUAAAGUAUUAGGCCAACUAAACUUCAUUUCUAUAUUAUCACCUUUGAGUCUUUGUUAGAAAGUUGUUAAGAGAAAGUGACCUAAAUGCCUAUAAUUUUGCUUACUUUACUUCAUAUUUUACACCAAAAAUGUCCAAACACAACUCAAUUGAUCUGAAAACAACUCCACCACUUAUACAGCAGUUGUUGGCACAAAUUUCAAAAAAACUAAAUUAACCCAUUUCAGUUGCAACUUCAUAAGCUCCAAUGGAAGAAGAAGAAGAAGAAUACCCAUCAUCAUUUCCAAUGAAGAAAUCAAGAAAAUUAUUCAGAAGAUCAAUUGUCACUUACCUAAAAAACUACCACCACUUCUCCACCGCAGCUGCACUAACCGGUUUACCUUUCACGGCAGCCAUUCUCCUCUCCCAAGCUUUUCUCCCUUCCUUAGCCAUCUUUCCGGUUGUGCAUAACCGCCUUCAAACACUCUUUGCCGUCGCAGGUUUUCCUCCUUCGUCGGAAAUCUUCACAGUCAUCUGCCUCAAACUAUCUCAAACAAUUACAUUUUCAAUUCUUCUUCUACCUUUUACCUUCUCAUUCUAUCUAAUGGCAAAGGCAUGUGUAAUCCAAAGUUUAACUAAUGGAAUGGAAGGAUAUGGUGGGUAUAUUGGAAUUAUCCAGGCUUGUGUUCUAAUAAAGGGGAAGACAACAACAGCUUUAACAUUGACUUUGCCUAUAAAUAUGGCUAUGGCUGGAGUCGAGGCUUUGUUUCAUUAUCGGGUAUUGAGAGGUUAUAGAGAUUCUAAUACCAUCACGGCUUCUAUGGUUCUAGAGGGGAUCUUUAUUGCUUACUUGUAUUCGACUGUUCUAGUGUUUGAUACUGUGGUUAGCUGUGUGUUCUUUAGGAGUUGCAGAAGAAUUGAUGGAAGAAAUUGUAGUGAGAAUUCUGAAAAUAGGAAGAGUUUGGAAGACUUGAUUUGAAUGUUUCUAGAUUUCGUUUGUUUCUAUAAAUUGUAAAUCCUUCCUUUCCUGGGUUCUAGUC